UUCUAGCCCAAGCCGUACACUUACCCGGUCAGCAUCAUGAUAUGUGGAAUACUUAAGGAGACCAUUGUUGCUCCUCGGAUAUGCUUCAUUUCCGUCUCAUCAAUACAUCAUCGACUCUCUUUGCAACUCUACUGUAUUACCGACUUUUUGCAUAGCUACCAACACAAACGCCAAAACAAUGGACAAGCGAACCUAUCUCAGAAACGACCUUCUUGCUGGAAAACCCGGUAUUGGGAUGUGGCUCACGUUGCCUGGGUCCGCAUUAGCCAAGACCGUAGCCACUAUCCCUGGCUUCAACUGGAUCCUUAUUGAUGCCGAGCAUGGCCAGAUUACAGACAGGGACUACUUUGAUCUCACCAAUCAUAUCACAACCGAAGGCGUUUCACCCAUUAUCCGUAUCCCCUCCGAUGAACCUUGGUUAAUCAAGCGGGCCCUCGACUCAGGAGCCCACGGCUUGAUGAUUCCUAUGUGUCACAACCCUGAUGUCGCCAAAAAGGUUGUCUCUUCCAGCAAGUACGCUGCUCGAGGCACUCGAGGAUGUGGUUCACCUUUCACCCAGAUCAUCUUCGGUGUUCCCGAGUCUCAAUAUGAGGCAACUUGCAACGACAACUUGAUGGUCAUCGUCCAGAUCGAGUCGGCAGAGGGUGUGAAGAAUGUGGAGUCCAUUGCUGCUGUCCAGGGAGUGGAUGUUCUUUUCGUUGGCCCCUUUGACCUUGCCAAGUCAAUGGACAUAGAGUUCGGUGGCGAGGAACACGAGGCGGCUAUUGCUCGAACCCUUAAGGCAUGUAAAGAUAACGGCAAGAAGGCAGCCAUCUUUUGCAUGUCCGGCGCCCAGUCCAGGAAGCGUUUGCAGCAGGGCUUUGAUAUGGUUUCAAUCGCCACCGAUACAGACUCUAUAAUUCGAGAGUUCUCCAGGCAGCUCGAAGACAUGAAGGCUUGAUCCGAUGUAUGCAUAUAAUUAUACAGAUAACUCCUACUUUCCUCAUUUAUGGUUAAGCGAGUUAAUAAGUAAUGGGAUCGAACUCUUAAGCGAACCCUGUCCGCUGCAUGAAUUAUUCAAUUAUUUUG